AUGACAUUCGCCAUGCUUCGCACAGCGCCUCCCGCAGGCCGCUUCUUAUAUGGCGACAUCGCACUCCUCUCAGAAGACGAUGAUGAGAACGGGAGCGAGGGUUCAGGUUCUGAGGAGCGUACCAACUCCUCCAACUCUGCUGCCUUCCGCCUGUCCUCCUCGUCCCCGUCUGCUUUUCACAUCAAGGUGAACAGGAAGAGGAAGCUAUGUGGGGGAGUAGGGGGCGGGGGGGUAGGUGUAGGGGGCAUGGUAGGGAGGCUCGGCCCCCAGGGCUCAUCCCCCCCUGUGGAAGUUCGCCAGAGGACCGCAGCCAACGCACGGGAGAGAGAUCGCACCAAUUCUGUCAACACAGCAUUCACAGCGCUGCGCACACUCAUCCCCACCGAGCCUGCAGACAGGAAGCUGUCAAAAAUCGAGACACUACGUUUGGCCAGCAGCUACAUCAGUCAUCUGGGGAACGUCUUGCUCCUGGGCGAAGGGCUUCAUGACGGACAGCCGUGCCACGCUCCCUCACCACCGUUCUUCCAUGUUAACUCCUCCCCCAACCGAGGAUCUGACCAAUCAACUCAGCCCAAGCACAUCUGUACUUUCUGCCUCAGCAACCAGAGGAAAAUGAACAAAGACAGAGACAGGAAGACAGCCAUCAGAAGCUAACAGUGAGGACACACACCACAUGGAUAAAAUGCUUGUCACUUUGACAGCACUUUCAGUGAUUUUACAGUUACUGCAACUUGAAGAUUUACAGACUUGUGAUGCAUUUCAAGGACCAUUGAAGGACUUCUAUAGCACUUCCAGGACUUUUCAAGGAACUUUAUGAAGCAUUUCUUUUUGUUGACUUUUUAUAUUGCUUUACAGAAACUUUAAGUUUCGUGUUUUCAAAUAUGAUUGAAACACUUCUGAAAAGUUUAACCAUACUUUUAAAGGGCUUUUGCAUUCUUAUCAACACCAUGAAGAACCUUAUCAGAGACCUUUUACUGUAUUGACUCAGUGACUCUUUGUUCAGAGUCUAAGGAACUUAUGGCACAUGAUUGAAAAAACACACAAAACCUA